AUGACAUCAACAAGCCGGCCACACUACGAUCGCCGGUUCGGGCCGGUAUAUCCAAUGUUUCAACUUCUUGGAUGCGCACUGGUACCGUUGCAUGGGCAGGUGCUAUCAUCUCUCUACACCCUGACCGCGGUCAUCGUGUCCUCGUAUAUCGUCAUCGAGCUAGGCGUCAUAGCAUUUUCUCUGAUCGAACCGGGCACCAUUUUCUUUCUGAGUGACGCCACCGGAACAUUUGCCGAUGCGAUCCAAUUCGAGAUCCCGCUGACGGUGCCACUGGUCUCGGUAGUGCUAUCGAUCAUCAAGCUGCCUCUUCAGCGCCGCAUCGCCCAACUGAUGGACAGUAUCGACGAGCGCAUAGAAUUGACCCCGGGGACUCUGGAUAGUUUCAACCACAAACUGGCCAACGACAUCCUUGCUACCGUGCUGAUUUACAACGUGAUACCGACCGUGAACGAGCUUUUCAUCAUCUCGCGCAUCUCCGCCAACGUGGUGUGGUAUCGGAACUGGUGGUUCAAGAUCUGGUUCUUCAUACUGAUACGAAUCGGGGAUUCGUUCUUUCUCUUGCACGUCGAGUACAUACGGAAUCGGUACGCAAUGCUCAACCACGAGCUACAGCUAACGGGUCAAAACGAGAUGCUCGGAUCGUUCUCCUCGAACGCAGCAAAAGUUCAAGUUCCGCCCGGUGAGGUCCAUCAUCGCGUCGUACGGUUGAAGGCGGCGCAGAACCUUCUAAAGGAGCUUACCGACAACGUGAACGAUCGGUUCGGGUGGCAACUGUUCUGCGUUAUCGUGAUGUUGUUUGUCUGCACCACGAUCGAUGGAUAUUGGAUGUACGCCAGUUUGUACCAUGAUGGCAAUCUGUAUAAGGUCGAGUCGUUCCUGUGCGGCAUUUCUCCGCUGCUGAUGUUCUACAUGCUGUUCUCUAAGUGCCAGCGCUGUCUGAACGAGGGCGAAAUGACAUUCUAUCAUCUCCACAACGUGCUUUGUGAUCCUCUUCCUGUCCGAACGAUCGAUUUGAUUCAACGCUUUUCGAAACAACUCAACAACGAACGGGUACAUUUUUCAGCGGCCAACUUUUUCGAACUCAAUCUGGGCGCUCUAACCACUAUAUUCGCAUCGAUUACGACGUAUUUGGUGAUUUACAUCAACUUCAUCCCAAAGACGGACACCUUCGACGAUUACAACAAAGCGCACAAUCUGAGUGGUGUUUAG